AUGGCAGGUUCAGAGGAUAUUGUCGUUGCAUCUGUGAUAUCAAAUGGCGGGAGUCUGCCGUAUGACUAUAGACGGGCGGCUCCCGCUGCUGAUUUGGCGAUGCUAGAGAUAAACUCACGUUAUAAUGGUUUCCUUAAUUUUACAUACCUCUACAGAGAUCCCGGACCUGACUGUUCCGAAAACGACGUCGGGGCAAUCGCUUGUGACCUUUACCAUCGCUACAGCAUAACGGGACUUGUGGGUCCAGCAUGCAGUCACGCUGUAAACGUUAUUGGCAGGAUGGCGUCCUCUUGGAAUCUGCCCAUCAUUACACCAGUAGGUACAAGUGGAACUUUAGGGGAUAAGUCCAACUUCCCCACGCUAACAAGACUGGCUUACAAUAUGAACAAGUUCGCCAAGUUCUACCUACAGGUAUUCGGCCAGUUUAAUUGGACUGACGUCACCAUCAUGUACGACAAAGUGCACGUGUUUUUCAGGAUAGUUGGAACUAGUCUUGGGAAUGAAUUCCCUUCUGCCGGUAUUUCCAGUAAGGUGAUGGAGUUUGAUACAAAUGGUGAUUUUGAUCACAAAAACAUGUUGCUGACUGCAAGCGAACGAUCAAGAGUCUUUGUUAUCAGUUGUCAUGGUGACACCUUCCGUGACAUCAUGCUGACUUUCUACGACCUUGGCAUGGCACUUGGCGAUUACGCAGUCAUCUUUAUCCGCCUAUUUGUGGGAGACGACGUUGGUAAUAUGUCUUGGAUGAGAAAUGACGCCAACGAUGCUAAAGCUCGAAAAGCGUAUGAUAGUGUGUUGCUGGUUCAACCAAGACGACCAGAAAGUCCCGAGUUUCUGCAAUUUGAGCAGGAUGUGAAAAACAGGUCUUUACAAGAUUACAACUUUAUUUACGGCGAUAUUGAGGUGAAUAUCUUCAUCACGGCUUUCUACGAUUCCUUUCUCAUCUAUGCUCAAAUUCUGAACGAAACUCUCACUGACGGGGGUGACAUUCUUGACGGGUUCAACCUGACAAGACGGAUUUGGGGACGGACCUUUCAAGGAAUCGGAGGUACCAUAGCCAUUGACCACAACGGUGACAGGGAUACAGAUUUCUCCCUGUUAGACAUGGAUACCUCCACUGGAGAUUUCAAGGUUGUGGGCAAUUACUUUGGAGAACUGAAGAAAUUCAAGUUUGUCGAUGGUGUAUCCAUAUACUGGCCACAGGGGAGGGGUCCGCCUGUCAACAAACCUCGCUGUGGCUUUACAGGCGAUGCGCCAGAAUGCCAAACCUUUGAAUUAUCUGCUGUUGCGAUAGCCGGAAUUGCGUUUACCUGUGUGAUUGUCGUGCUUGCCCUGAUUGCCGCUUUAACAUAUAGGAAAUUGAAACUCGAAUCCGACCUCCACAGUUUAUGGUGGAAGAUAAAGUCGACUGAUUUGCUCUCAGGGAAUGCUGGAAGCCGUGUCAUUAGCAGGCUAUCACUUGUUCAGGGUGCCACUGUUGCCAUCAAAAAGUUCAAAAUAAAGCAGUUCAAUGUUGAUCGAGUAAGCCUUAUGGAAAUGAAACAGAUGAGGGAUAUUGCCUGUCCUAACCUAACACGAUUGGUUGGCUUGGCUAUAGAGCCUUCUCACGUGACCCUCGUGACAGAGUACUGCCCUCGUGGUAGUCUCCAGGAUAUUUUAGAGAAUGACUCCAUACAACUAGACAUAGACUUCAAGAAUGCCCUUCUCACCGACCUUGUACAAGGCAUGGCCUAUCUUCAUGCUUCCCCAAUCGAGGUACAUGGUAAUCUCAACAGCUCCAAUUGUGUGAUAGAUGGACGGUUUGUUCUCAAGAUCACAGACUUCGGCCUGACACGCAUACGUCGACUCGACAAUACUGUUACAGCACAGAUUUGGGUAGCCCCAGAACAGCUUAGACUAUUUCCCAACAGAACGGCUUCCCAUAGCGGAGAUGUUUACAGCUUUGGAAUCAUUCUAUUUGAAAUAUUAACCAGACUUGAACCUUACGAAGAUGAAUUGGAACACAUCACAAUAGCAGAUGUACUUCACAAGAUCAAACGUGGCCUUGACCCUCCAUUCCGGCCCAUAUUGCCACAGACAAGUGAAAAGAGCGACCUGGUGAACGUGAUGAAAGAGUGUUGGAACGAAGAUCCAAAACUUCGACCUAGUUUUCAUACACUGAUACGCACAAUUCGGAAAAUUUCUGGAGUAACAGCGGGUCAUAACAUCCUGGACUCCUUACUUAAGAGGAUGGAGCAGUACGCAAACAACCUGGAGGACCUGGUAGAGGAAAGGACUCGAGCCUUCUUGGACGAGAAGCGGAAGUCGGAAGAAUUGCUUUAUGAGGUCUUGCCAAGAAGUGUAGCCGACCAGCUUAAGAAUGGACUGAGUGUAGACCCGGAGUCCUUCGAGUCAGUAACCAUAUAUUUCAGCGAUAUUGUGGGUUUUACCAACAUUUCUGCCUCUAGUUUGCCAAUGCAGGUUGUGGACCUCCUCAACGACUUGUACACAUGCUUUGAUAGCAUUUUAGAAAAUUAUGACGUGUAUAAAGUGGAGACUAUCGGAGAUGCAUAUAUGGUGGUAUCCGGACUUCCCGUCCGAAACGGGUCGGAACACGUUCGUCAGAUUGCACGUAUGUCGCUCGGUAUUCUGGAAAACGUGUCCAAGUUCAAAAUAAGACACAAACCUGACGCCAUACUCAGGGCAAGGAUCGGCAUUCACUCUGGCUCUGUUUGCGCUGGGGUCGUGGGGAGAAAGAUGCCUCGCUACUGUUUAUUUGGCGAUACUGUCAACACAGCAUCCAGAAUGGAGUCAAAUGGCGAGGCGAUGAAGAUCCAUAUGAGUAGAGAUACGAAAGAUAUGUUGGAUAUUUUUGGCAACUUUCUGAUAGAAUCGAGAGGUGAAAUCAGCGUCAAGGGUAAAGGAACUAUGAUCACCUACUGGCUUCUCGGGGAAGAAAUCAGAGAGGCGUGACCAGAAAUUAAAGUCUCAAAUGUAAACAAGA